AUGGGGGCUCGAGCGACAGAAACAACUCGGGAGCUGGAAAGCACCUCUAUAAAGUAUCAAAUUGGAGGACACGCAGACAAAAUGUGGCAACGGCUCAAAGGAAUAUUACGAUGCUUGGUAAAGCAGCUGGAGAAGGGUGACAUUAAUGUGGUGGAUUUAAAAAAGAAUAUCGAAUAUGCAGCAUCUGUGCUGGAGGCAGUGUAUAUUGAUGAAACCAGAAAGCUUUUGGACACUGAGGAUGAGCUCUCUGACAUCCAGUCGGAUUCGGUCCCACUGGAAGUGCGGGACUGGUUAGCUUCCACAUUCACAAGGGAAAUGGGAAUAGUGAAGAGGAGGUCUGAAGAAAAGCCAAAAUUCCGAAGUAUUGUGCAUGCUGUACAGGCUGGGAUCUUUGUAGAAAGGAUGUACCGGAGAACUUCUUGCAUGGUUGGUUUGGCUUAUCCAGCAGAAGUGAUAGUAACAUUUAAGGAUGUUGAUAAAUGGUCUUUUGACGUGUUUGCCCUGAAUGAAGCAAGUGGAGAGCACAGUCUGAAAUUUAUGGUGUAUGAGCUGUUCACCCGAUACGACCUUUUCAGCCGUUUCAAGAUCCCUGUUCCCAAUCUUAUUUCAUUUGCUGAAGCUCUUGAAGUUGGUUACAGCAAGUACAAAAAUCCAUAUCACAAUUUGAUCCAUGCAGCUGAUGUUACUCAGACUGUGCAUUACAUAAUGAUUCACACUGGUAUCAUGCACUGGCUCACAGAACUGGAAAUUUUAGCAAUGAUCUUUGCAGCUGCCAUCCAUGAUUAUGAACAUACAGGGACCACAAACAAUUUUCAUAUUCAGACAAGGUCAGAUGCUGCAAUAUUGUACAAUGAUCGUUCUGUUCUUGAAAAUCAUCAUGUAAGUGCUGCUUAUAGACUCAUGCAAGAAGAAGAGAUGAACAUCCUGGGAAAUUUAACCAAAGAUGACUGGAGGGAGUUGCGUAGCUUGGUCAUUGAGAUGGUCUUGUCUACAGAUAUGUCGGGUCAUUUUCAACAAAUUAAAACAAUGAGACACAUUCUACAGCAGACAGAGGGGGUAGACAAAGCCAAAGCCAUGUCUUUGAUUCUACAUGCAGCAGACAUAAGCCAUCCAGCAAAAACCUGGGAACUGCACUACCGGUGGACCAUGGCCCUGAUGGAAGAAUUUUUUCGACAGGGAGACAAGGAGGCUGCUUUAGGUCUUCAAUUUUCCCCACUCUGUGACCGCAAGUCUACUUUGGUAGCUCAAUCCCAAAUAGGUUUCAUUGAUUUCAUAGUAGAACCAACAUUUUCUCUUCUUACUGACUCAAUGGAGAAAAUUGUUGUGCCUCUUAUAGAGGAAGCAUUAAAAUCUGAAAGUCCUGCAUUUGGGACACACAGCCAAAAUAGUUCGGGAUUAGUAAGCAAUGCUGAAGCACAAAGAAGACCCACUUUUAAAAGCACAGGUGAUGGAGGGACAGAAAAUUCUCUAGCAUCUGUAGACCUAACAAGCUUUAAGGACAACUUGAUGAAGAUCAUUCAAGAAAACAAAGAAAGAUGGAAAGAGUUAGCAGUAGAAGGUGAGCCUAUACACUGUAAGAAGUCAGAAGAUAUAGUAAAAGCCACUGAGCAGAAAGAAGCACUGAUACAGAACUAG